AUGAAAGCUUUCAUUUUGGCAUACAUUGGCGCCAUAGUAGCUGCACAGCAGACUGCAUGGGGGCAGUGCGGCUAUAACAACGAAUGGUAUUCCCAGUGUACCCCAGGGUCCGCACAGGGCACUACGACAACCUUGAGGACAACUACUACCACUACGACCACUUCUCGAGCGCCAACGACCACCUCUGGAAGUGGUAGUGGUGGCUAUGUUACUAGGUCCGGAACUAAGUUUAAUAUCGACGGCAAAGUCGGCUGCUUCGCGGGGACAAAUGCAUAUUGGCUAUCCUUCACAACCAAUAAUGCGGAUAUCGAUCAGGUUAUGAGCCAUCUACAAGCUUCGAAGUUGAAAGUCCUUCGUGUAUGGGGCUUUAAUGAUGUAACCUCGCCGAGUGGGGUGUACUUUCAACUAUUCUCCGGAAGUUCUCCUACAAUCAAUACCGGUUCUAAUGGACUGCAAAGACUCGAUGCGAUAGUUGCUUCAGCAGAAAAGUAUGGUAUCAAACUCAUCAUCCCUUUCGUUAACUACUGGGAUGACUACGGUGGCAUGAAAGUCUAUGCAAACUACUACGGCGUUAGCAAAAAUGCAUUUUACACUGACUCAAGAGUCAUUUCCCAAUACAAGCAGUACAUUAACGCUCUUGUAUCUCGCUACCGAAACUCAAAGGCCAUUUUUGCUUGGGAGCUUGCCAAUGAACCCCGAUGCAAUGGGUGCCCAACAUCCACUAUUACUAACUGGGCCACAUCGAUCUCUCAAUACAUUAAAUCUCUGGAUUCUAACCAUCUCAUCACGCUUGGCGAUGAGGGUUGGUUUAACGGGGGCGGAGACGGCUCCUAUCCGUAUUCGGGUGGCGAAGGCAUUGACUUCGUCAAGAACCUAGCUAUAAGCACUUUGGAUUUUGGAACCGCGCAUUUGUACCCUGGGCACUGGUCUAAGAGUGACUCUUGGGGUAAUACAUGGAUCCAGGAGCACGCCUCUGCAGCGACGUCUGCAGGGAAGCCGUACAUCUUAGAGGAAUACGGUGUCACUAGCAACCGCGGUAGUGUAUAUGGAAGCUGGUAUAACACCAUCUUGGGAUCGGAAACUGCUGGCGAUAUGUACUGGCAAUUUGGCGAAACUUUAUCUUCAGGUCAAACUCAUAAUGACGGUUUUACCGUAUAUUAUAGCAGCAGCGAGUUUAACAGCCUUGUUGGCCCCCACGCUAACGCAAUCCUCUGGAAUAUCGGACCAAACGGCGGGAGCUGGGAGGAGCAAGGUCAACAGCAGCAGGACGAGAGACAGCGCCCUGAGGUUGGAUUGGACUCGAUGUUAGAAGAUCGAAACCGUGUAGGCGCUGCAGCUGAGCAAAAAGGUCAAGAUUACAUAGAAGGGCAAGCCAUCUCCAAACACGAAUCGGAGGAUGAAGAUGGAGGAGCACGGGGUGAAGGGCAGGGGUUCUUCCAUCCUCCUCUAACGCUUAUAGACGAGCAUCGCCAAUACGGGCAGCAAGAUAAUCUCGAAGAACAGCUGAGCAUUACCAUAGCUACUACAUUUACUACUACCAACGCUACCACUACUACCACCGAUCCUACUACCAGCGAUACUAACAUUACCACCGCAGACUUGGACACGGAUGAUGUUGAAACAGUUUACUCGGAGACAUCAAGUUUUGCCACGUCGGAGAAGGAAAAUUAUAUAUCCGAACUAGCCGCAGUUCUUUUUCAUGAAAUUCGUGAACUAUUAAGAAGCGAUAAUUCCGAGACCGCGAUCUGGGAAAGGAUCUCUAUAGCCCUUCCCGAGCUAUUAAAAGCGUUCGCCCUUAAAGUUGGUUAUAAAGCCCCCAGUCAAAUGCAUCGUGACAUUAUGUUUUUCGUCCACAAGAAUCGAGAGUUAGUUUACAUUUUGAGUGUUGCGAAGUAUUUUACGGAGAAGUACUCUCAUGGCGAUGCUGAGAGUGUCCCUAAUACACAGGUUGUGGAGAACACGAACAUGGACUUGGCUGCUAAAAUGGAUCUUUGGCAUGAAAAAUCCGAAUACCCCCCUUCACACCCUCAACAUGGACCCCUAGAGGACCAAUUCGAAGAAAACACUUUUUGGGGGGACGCCGAGGACGAAUAUGAGAAUGGUGGAGACAAAGCCCAGGGGACAUGGAUGGAAACAAGCAGAGCGCAGAAGAAAAAGAUGGGAAAUACCGCUAUUGAUCGUGCAAUUGUUUGUAGAGAUUUUAUCCUCAAAACCCCAGCAUUUGAAUGGCUCGUUGGAGUUUUACGGAGAGAAAUUAUUCUACUUACACCGGCGGAGCUGCCAAACUAUAUGGAAAUUACGAAGAGGAGUGUUAGUGAAUGUCUACCGUCAUCUCAUAGAAUCAGCAAAAAUAGAUCCGCAGAGGCCUUCAACACGAUCUUUUUGACAGGUUGGAAACCAUUAAUAUUUGUCAAUGAACAAGAAUACGAACUCAAGCCCUCCGAAGCUAUCGAAAGAGCUGUAAUACUCACAGGGUCUACUGAGGAUGUUCAAGCACUAACAUGCGUGGAUUAUUUAUGCCAGACCUGGCUGUCAACCGGCAAAUAUAUCAUCGAGCUAGUUAAGGAUGUCAUCGAUGAAUCUGAAAUACUAUAUUUGCCCCUAGGUACUCUUCCUGACAAUACAGCUCUCAUAGCGUAUUUUCGGGAAUCAUCCGAGCUAGUAGUUGAGGCCGUCGGAACGAAAGAUUCCGUAGCAGAAAUCGGCCAACAACUAGCAUGGCUUUGCACUGCCCUUAGCCCUUCCCCGCUUGAAACUGGGGUCGUUGCCUUUGUACCCCUGAUCAAGAAUUCACAAUCUCUGAAUUCCCGUGGGAGAGGAACCACAACCCCUCCUACAGAUCCUAGAGGUCUGACGCAUGCAAAUUUAAAUUUACCGACAUUCUCUUUUCGAUUACAUUUUAGCGCUGAGGAAAGAGAGCAAAGCAUCAUUCCUCCUAAUAGCCAGUAUUGGCAUAACAUGUUCAAAAACCCAGUAAUUAUCAAAGGAUACCCGAUCCCAUAA